CAGACGACCUUUGGUACAGGCUUGUGCAUGAGCAAAGCUCAGUGCCGAGGCGCUGAGAUAAACAGAAGAGCUACGCAGAUACUUCACGUUACUGCAGCCUGAUCUGGAAUAACCACAAAACAUGGUUCCAGAGUGUGUGAUUGUCUGAGAGAAAGAGUGUAAAAUGAUUCAUCACUUCAAGUAAAAAGAGGCAAGAUGUUUUCGUUUAUCACGUCGCGUCUUCCGACUUCCUUCCUACCAGGGUGGCUGACUCUAGAGACAAAUCCACUGGACUGUUUGCUUCAAGGACUGGUAGGAGCUUGUGCGAUCUCUGUGCUGUGCUCCCUGCUGAGAGUGCACUUAUUUCUAGAGGAGGAGAGUGAUCAAAAAGAUAAAGACACAUCAGAUCAGAGGACACCCCGAGGACAAAGGAAAACUAAAGUUGGACUUCCUGAGACGCUCCAGUUUUUCUUCGUGACUGGGAUUCUGGCUGUGGUGGGCUCCCGUGUUGCCUCCCUGGUCGUGCUGGAGUUUUGUCUUCGGGCACUCUCUGGAUGGGUCACAGCUGGACCAGAGUCCAAGAAAUUUCUGCAGCAGCUGUUAGUUCAAAGCCAGUUCACUCUCGGCUGUGCCCUGAGCUGUGGUUUGCACUUUCUCCACGAGGGGGCGUCCCAGCGCUGGCUAUGCUCGCUCCUGGCAGCAGCCCUCAGCUGGUUCCUGUCUCGGCAGGCCACCCUCCUGCUGCACCAUGUCAUGGCUCUGUAUAGACUCCACAGCUCGCAGCGCUACUGCGGCAUUUGCAUCGGCCUCCUCGCGUCGGGCCGCUGCCUGCUGCCAAUGCUGUGCAGGGCGAUGAUCAUUACUUUCUCUGUGGCUGUGGUGGCCGCAAUAUCAAUCAUCAAUAAACACUUCCUCUCUGCGACAGAGGCCCUCAGGUUCUGGACACCACUGACUAUCUGCUACACGCUGUUGGUUGUGUACAUGCAGGAGGAGCAGCACCGUCUGCCAGGCAGCCAGGCUGUCCUGAACACAGUGGCGGUGCGUCUCGGCGGUUUGAUGGUCCUGAUGCUGACUGUCGGACGCUGGGCCGACGUGCUCCACAUCCUAAUGUGUUUCCUGGGUGAGGCCAGCUGUCUAAUCCCCACUAUGGAUCUGCUGGAUGCAGCAGCCUCACAGGGUGAAGAGGAUUAUACGGACUACGUACAAAGGGACCGUAGACGGAGACCACAGGCACAAGAGAAGCAGCAUCACAGAUAGCCACACUGGGAUUUUAAAGACUCGUGGCACCUCUUUAUAAUGGCACUAAUUUCUGUGAGUCCUAUUGGGGCUACAUCAAAAAUUAAUGCUUUUGUAUUUAGAAUGUAAUAUUUUUUCAUUAAAAAGUCCAAUAUUAUAAUUUCUUGGGAAUUUCAA